GAAAACGUCUGGCUUGUUAAACCGUCUUGUUGUUACACACUGAACAGGAAAACUUCCAUUCUCUGCUUCUACUGCCACAUUUUUUGUGUCCCCAAACUCCUCCAGCUUCCGGGUGCAGUACCUGUGACAAAGCAGCCAUGACAUCCAAAGGUAACAAAGAGACCAUCAUCGGUAGACUGGGUUUCAAGUCCAGCAGCUCUGCCCCCAAGGCCGAGGCAGAGAUGGAGAGAGUCAGGAAGGAGAACGCUCACCUGAAGAGAAAAAUUGAUGAGCUGCACAAAAGACUCGUCACCAAAGCCACCAAACCACCCGACUCGGAUAAUACCAAGCUGCUCGAGAGGAUUGUUACCCUUGAGACAUUGUGGGGGAAGAACAAUCAGCAGUUGCUGGUUAAAGAGCAGGAAAUAGAAUCUUUGAGACAGCUGCUGUCAGCGCGAGGAGGAGAGGUGGUAACAUCACUGCAGGCUCAGCUGGAGCAGCAGAAGAAGGAGACAGAGUUGAAAGACGCACUGAUACAGAGUAUUUCGCAGGAGAAGGAGAACCUGAAAAAUGAGAUUGCCACCGUUUCUGCCCGCUGCCAGUCUCUGGAAAUACAAGUGGCACAGAAUGGACAGAUGCCCCCUCCAGAGCUGGCGUUGGUACAAGAUCAACUGAAAGAUGCUCUUGAGAAGAACCAGCAGUGGUUGACGUACGACCAGCAGAGAGAGGCCUAUGUCCAGUCCCUCAUCGGCCAUACACGGGAGCUGGAGCAGCAGCUGGCCCAGCCCAAGAAGCGGGACCCCAAACCAGAGGCCAAUUCAGAUGCAGGUGCAGAAAAGGAAGCCCAACUGAAAUGUCAGCUUGACCAAAUAUCAGUGCUGCAGAAAGACCUUGAGAGCCAAAAAGAUCAGGUUGCCAGAGCUAAACAGGAGCUCCACAUGCAGAGGGAACAGACACUGAAAGCUCAGAGCGAGCUGCAGUCUCGAAACGAGCAGGUCGCCAGAGUCCAGGAGGAGUUGCUGUCGCUGCAGAGGAGGUACGAGGAUAAGUGCAGCGAGCUGUCAUCCUGUGCGAGGAAGUACGGAGAGAGGAAGAAAGAGCUGGAGGACGCCAAGAUGCAACUACAGGGCAGCAGACAUAAAGCGUCUGCAGAGAGAAGGGUGCCAUCUGAGGAAGUGAAGGUCAUGGACAUCGAGCUGGAGAAGAAGAGAUCUGAUGAACUUCUGCUGCAGAUCCGACUGUUAGCCAAGGACUUUGAGAAUGAAAAGCUGGAUCGUCAAAGCACGCAACACCAGCUGAACAAGUUGCUGAAGGAGUUUCGCAGGACUCGGGAUCAGACUGUGAAACUGAAUUCUUACUUUCAGAGGCAGUUAACUGCCGAUACCCCAGAGCCCUGCACCCACACCAAGUUUCAGCGUCUUAGUCUCGAUGACCCCAUGUCACCACCCAAAGCCACCAACCUUGAUGAAAGUUUCCUCGAGUGCCCCGGUUGUCAGGUCUCCUAUCCCGCCAGCCGUCACAGGGAACUCCUGCGACACAUCGACUUCUGCCUCGCCUGAGACUUACGAUAAACGAUUUUUAAUGGUGUCAUAAAUAUUUUUUGUGAAUGAAGACAUGCUGUCAGUGGGUAACAAGCACAUGUUGCUCCCUUUUUAAAGGUUGAAAAACACUGGACUAUAUUAUGAGAUCAGUUCAGGAUUGUUUUUAGGCUAUUUAUAGAUAUUAUCGGUUUAAAAUACAUCUUCCAGUGUUAUCAUGAUAAUUAGAUACAAACUGAUGACACGUUUAACAAUGAGUCAGCAGUGUGUUAUAGAAUAGUAUACACAGUUCAUAAUUAAAAUAAAUUAAAUUUAAACAAGUAUCGUUAUCGUCUCUUAAAGCCAAAGAUUGAUCCAAUCAUUUACUGACCUUUUUUUUCAAUUGUUAUUAUUAUUCCUCUGUGUUUAUUUCCGUGUUUUGCCCAUAGACUGUAAAUAAACAUGGACUUAGUCUCUAUCAGUUGCCA